CCUUUUUUUUUCUAUUGGCCGAUUUCCUAACAAGUCAUUUAGCAGAAGAGCUUGGCAAGCCCCUUAACUUCCACUAUUUAUAUUCUCCAGUCUCUGGCUCAGUUUUGCAUUGCGAGAGAGGAGAGACACCCAGCACUGCACAAUUCUGCUAAAGAAAGCAAGGGAAAAGCAAUAGGAAUGUCUGACCACAGGAAAGUGGUGGCUGCAGUUAUUUUAACUUUCUUUGCAGUGGGGUUUGUUUCAGGACAAAAUAAAUACAACUCAAACAAAAAUCAGCUCUUGGGAGGCUGGAGGGAUGCAAAGGAGGAUGAUAAGUCCGUGCUGGAGGCUUUGCAGUUUGCGACUGAAGAGUACAACAAAGGGAAUAACGGUGAAUACAUAGCCAAGGUCCACAGGAUUAUCAGAUUCAGAAAGCAGGUGGUGGCUGGAAUGAUAUAUGCAAUGGAUGUAGAAGUCAUUACAACACCAUGCAGUGAUUUUGAAUCAACAUCAGAAAAUUGCCCAACUGAGAAAAAGAAAUGCAACUUCAUAGUUGUGAGUGUUCCCUGGAUGUACCAAACAGAGUUGAGGAAGAAAAGCUGUCGGCCCUAAACCCACCUCCCCCUUCUCCAUCUGGGAUGGUUUCUUCUCCUAUCAGGCUGUUUUAAUAAAUGUUUAAUGCAUCAGUUUUUCUUAUUUUAUAACAGUUGCUUUCAUUUUGAAAAAUAGAGCAUUUAUGAGUAGAGUAAAUGUAUUAAUGAUUUAUUUGAUUGUAGUUUUUCUUCGGUUAUGUUGGGCGUGGACCAAUUAUAGGCAUUUAGUAGCUUACAUAUUAAUGACACGAAUAAAAACUAAUAUAUCACUAGUGCAAAAUUAUAUAUGGUAUGAAAAUGCAGUAACAUACUGUAUGUAGCUAAUAAAGUGUCUUUCUGAACAACUUUA